CGCGCGCCCAUUCCGUCAGAGAGCCUGGAGCUUCGCGAGAGGGGAAAGCAAGGAAAGAAGGAAGGGGAAGACAGGGGGGAAGGCGCGCGCCACAGGCCCUCCUCACGCGCACGCGCACACCCACCCAGCGGCUCUCGCCCCGGCCUCUGUCUUCUUCUUCUUGUCUCCUCCUCCUCCUCCUGUUCCUUGGCGCCAUGUCAGUGUCUCCAGUCAAGAGGGCGAAGAUGGAGUCGGUGCUGGAGCAGCUCAAGCAGCACACCACGGUGGUGGCCGACACAGGGGACUUCAACGCUAUUGAGGAAUAUAAGCCUCUGGAUGCUACUACCAAUCCAUCUCUGAUAUUGGCAGCGGCUCAAAUGCCAUCCUACCAGCAACUAGUUGAAGAUGCUAUUGAAUAUGGGAAGAAACUUGGUGGGUCAGAGGAUGAUCAAGUUACAAAUGCUUGUGACAAGCUUUUUAUAUUGUUUGGUGCAGAAAUACUGAAGAGGAUACCUGGCCGUGUAUCCACAGAAGUAGAUGCAAGGUUGUCUUUUGACAAAGACGGUAUGGUUAAGAAGGCCAAACACUUCAUAGAUCUUUAUAAGGAAGCAGGAAUUAGUAAAGAUCGCAUCCUGAUCAAGUUGUCAUCAACAUGGGAAGGCAUCCAGGCUGGCAAGAUUCUUGAAGACCAAUAUGGAAUCCAUUGCAACAUGACCUUGCUGUUUUCCUUUGCUCAGGCUGUUGCCUGUGCAGAAGCAGGGGUCACCCUAAUUUCUCCAUUUGUUGGACGUAUCUUGGAUUGGCAUGUUGCAAAUACAGACAAGAAAGCCUACGAGCCUUCAGAGGAUCCAGGAGUGAAAAGUGUCACUAAAAUCUACCAGUACUACAAAAAGUUUGGCUAUAAGACUAUUGUGAUGGGAGCUUCAUUUCGAAACACUGGAGAAAUCAAAGCACUGACUGGCUGUGAUUAUCUCACCAUUUCACCCAAACUUCUUGGAGAACUCAGUAAAGAUAACAGUAAACUUACACCAGCAUUGAAUGUCAAGGAUGCUCAAGCAUCCAACUUGGAGAAGAUCCAUCUUGAUGAGAAAUUAUUCCGUUGGCUCCAUAAUGAAGACCAAAUGGCUGUGGAGAAGUUGUCUGAUGGAAUCAGAAAGUUUGCUGCUGAUGCCGUUAAAUUAGAAAAGAUGAUAAAGGAACGAAUGUUCAGUGCUGCAAAUGGAAAGUAGGUGCACACUUUUUGGACGCUGUAUGGAUGUACAAAUAUCUACAAGUUACAGAUGAAAAGAUUUUCUGUAUUCUGGCCUUUUUAUAUUAAUUUGUGAAAAGGAAAGGUCCAUGAUUUGUGUGGCAUUUUUAAAAAUAAGAAUAGAUACUUAUUGCAGAAAUCCAGUGGUUGCUGCAAAUGAUUAAAGGACCAAUUGUGUGGAAGUGUUUUCAUGAUGGUAUUGAUAAUAAAAAAUAAAUUCUGGUA